AUGAAGAAGACUUUACUUCUUUGUUUUAUUCAUGGCUUCAAAGGCGGCGAGGACACUUUUGGAGUCGACUAUCAGUUCACCAAGGAUUUGCGCGACUUGGUAAGAGAGGCUCUGCCAAAGAUCAAUGUUGAGGCGAUUGUUUAUCCCAAGUAUGAGACUCGUGGAGAUCUGGGUAGCUGUGUGAGUCGCUUUCGUGACUGGCUACAGAAUAAAGUCAUCGAUAUGGAAGUGGCAGCUGGUACUCCAUCUCCCACAAUAGAGCCUUCAGUACGCACCAUUCUCAUCGGCCACUCCAUGGGUGGCAUCGUGGCGGCUGAGAUGCUUAUCGGCUUGGCCUCGGAGAAGCCCAUCUAUACAGAAGACGGCAUUCAAAAGUCUGAAACGCCCAGCUUCAAUUCUCUGAUGUUUCCCUACAUCCAGGGUGUUCUCGCCUUUGAUACUCCCUAUUUGGGCAUUUCUCCCGGCGUAGUAGCCCACGGCGCAGAGGAUCAGUAUCAAACUGCUUCACAAGCUAUGGGCGCCAUCUCACAGCUCAGCGGGCUAGGGGCAUCGCUCUGGGGCGCCAAACAAGCUGCUUCGCCUUCUACAACUCCCGCUCUUCCUAAGACAGCCGGCGCUUUGCCCGCGCCUACAGGAUCUGGUGGUAAUCAGUGGCAGAGAUGGGGUAAGAUGGCUAUGUACGCCGGCGCUGCUGGGGCGGUGGCCGCAGGAGGGGCAGCUGCAUGGAUGAAGCGUGACCAACUGGGUGAGGGCUGGUCCUGGGCGUCUUCACAUCUUGAGUUCGUGGGGUGUCUCGCUCGAGGAGAAGAACUCCGCAAACGUGUUGCCUGUCUUCUCCAACUCCGCCAGGAGCUCGACGUUGGGUUUGCGAAUUUGUACACUCGUCUUGGCAAGGCGGCAUCAGCGAAGCAGGUUAACGUGGUCGGGACAGUUCUGGGUCAAGACCGGACAUUCUGCAAUCUUCCUAAGAAGCAGCCGGGAGGAGUGUGGAAGGAAGCUGUCAACGACAAGGCGACAGACGAGGCUGGAGCACACAUGAAUAUGUUUACUCCAAGAGAGAACCCAGGAUAUAACAAGUUGACCCAGGAUGCUACCGGAGUGAUUCACAGCUGGCUGCAGAACGACUGGUAUGAGACAAGUGUCGAAGAACCGCUCUUGCUAAAGGAGGCAUCACCACCUGAGGAUGAGCCUCCUGCUGAAGAUAAGCCUGCGACUAAAGAUGCGGACAUAGAGGAGACUAUUUAA